UGAAGACACAAACACAUUGAACACCGAAUACGAUGCAGCCCCGACAUGCAUCUUCUUAUGAACUGGUCUCAUUAUAUAUUAUCCAUUGCCAGAGAUGUCGUCCAUGAAGCCAGAAUCUGGCGGCCAUGCAUGAUCUUUUAGAUCAUCCUGAAGUCUGGAGUCGAUUGGCCGUGGGCGUUGUUGGCGAAAUGUGUGGGGGCCACCCCGCCUACUCGCCGGUACUUAUGUUGAGAGAGAACGGCGGGGAAUGUCUGCCCCUUCAGGUCUUCGCCGACGGCAAAUCAUUAAACUCGGGAUCUCUUCUUAAACUGGAACCGACUCAAGCAAGGCUGAUCCCCACUGCACAUGACAGAAAAUUCGGACCAAUCAGAAAUGCCCUUCGGGCGAUAAGACAAUCUUUUAGUGGGCGUGGCCUACACUCAGUACCCACAGAUGAGAUCGCAAUUCUAGAGGAAACAUGCCCACUAAGCGGUCCCGAUAGCUUCGAAUUCCUGCAAAUCUCACGGUGUUUCCAGCAGCCAGUCGGUGGUGAUAAGUCAUCCCGGAAAGGCGGACGCCAGACCGAGUUGAAACUGGGCAUCUACAACGUCAGGACCCGGAGGGUUGACCCACGGAAACUUUUGGGUUGCUGCGUGGACCCUGCCUCCCCUGUUGCUAAGCUGAAAAAAAGAAAGUUCUUUAUGGUGUACGAGACCUACGUCGCGGGGGAGGUCACGCUGAGUGCGCGCGCGCGUGCGCACCGCGCGCGACGCGGAGUUCCCACGGGGGACAUCACCCUAUCGACCAAGCGGGACUGCCCCGUGUGUUUCCGCUGCGUGGAGGUGAUCCUUAGCCGUUCGGGUAUUGUGAAGAAUUUGCGAUUCGACGUGAGGCUCAGGGAGCUUUCGACCAUCAAGGAUCAGGCUGUUCUACCAACGAUGAAAAUAUUGAUGCUCAAGUAGGACCUAUGAGGGACUCAGAUUUUGCUUGGUGAAGGGGCGUGGCGGGGUUAUCCUGGGCGGGUGGGGGUGUCUUCAUCACAGGGUUCUAUACAAGUUUGCCCUUAAAUUUCGUUCGUAUUAUCAAAUUCAAAGGUACAAUUGUGAACAAUUAUUGUUUAAAAGGUGAAUGACUUAUGGUGUACAUAAAAUAAAACAUGUUAAUCGGGCGAAUGUUUGAGUCUUUAAGUUUAAAGUUUGGCCACUCUUACCAAGGACCUUCUUUUAAUUUAAAUACACCAAGAAGGUUAUAAGGUGAAUUCCCGCUGCACUAUCAUUUCAUGUGCCAACUUUUUUCUUAAGGGAAGCGAGAAUUGUUGAAAGGACUAGAUUAUUCAUUAGAUUAAAUAGGGAAGUGUUGGUCCUAGAUCAGGUCACAUCGCGGAGAGUUGAAGCGGGUUAAUAGAUGGGCCCGUGCCGAGGACGAUUUGGGUUAUAUCCAGCUAAAUCGAGACGGUUUGGGUGAAAAGGGAAUGUGUUUGAGCCUGCUCGGGUCAAAUGGAGUCAGGUAACGGCAGGUCAGGUCAGGUCAGAUCGGGUCAUGUCAUGUCAUGUCAGAUCAGAUCAGAUCAGAUCAGGUCAGGUUAGGUCAGGUCAGGUCAGGUCAGGUCAGGUCAACAUGAUGACCUCAUGGAUCUGUACUUGAGGUUGCAGACCAGUAAAUAAACUGCCAUAGACCCCAAUGAUAAAUUCUCCCACUUCAGAAAUUCAGGGAAAAU